GCACUUCCGGUGGUGUUUCCUGUCAGUGUUUGUAAACUGAGAAAAAAAUUGGAAGUGCGACAAGAAAUACUAAUCUGCGAAACUCUAAAAAAACGAAAGGCUUGUGCCCCCGAUGAUUUGGGUGGGUGUGGUCUCUUCUGUUACCCCUCAUCCUGAGUGAAGCCCCCCUCUGUUCCCCUAAACACGCACGCAUUCAAACUACGGCGAUGACACACCAUUCCAACAACCCUGUUCGAGACCAUAUGAAAUGGGCUGGGUUGCUGGGCUGCGAGGCGGUGCUGUCCAGCAUGGCCCUGAUGCAAGCCAACAACAUUCCAGGCCAGAAGAAGAUGAUGUCAACGUUGGGUCAGGGGCACAGGGCCAGUCCUGAGAGCCAUCAAACCCAUUCACAGCACAGCCACAACCACCAUGGACACCAGGUUCACCACGGACAAUCCCACAGCCACAUGGGCCAUCUGUCAGCCGGGAGCUGUCCACCACUGCUGAUUCGAAAGGAUGGCGAUUAUCACUCAUCAAGAAUGAUGGAUGGAAAGGACAUGCAGGCAAACCAGAAUAUGCAACCCAAGAAAAAGCACAAAAAGUCAGGGUCAUCUCACAAAGUUAAAGAGAAAGUGGAGCCUUUACUUCCCCCAAUCGAUAUGGAUGUCGACAGUUCCUUGAAAGUCCAGAAGAACUUCAUCUGCGACCACUGCUAUGGAGCUUUCCGGAGUAGCUACCACCUCAAGAGACAUAUACUAACACAUACAGGGGAAAAGCCAUUUGCCUGUGAUGCGUGUGAUAUGCGGUUCAUUCAGCGUUACCACCUGGACAGACACAAGAGGGUUCACAGUGGAGAGAAGCCGUACCAGUGUGAUCGCUGCCAUCAGAACUUCUCACGGACAGACCGGCUGCUGAGGCACCGACGGUUGUGUACAGUUGGGAUAAGCAAAGAGGAAAACCAGUCAUGCUGUGACACUCGGGCAUCAGGGUACUCACAGGACGCAUCAGCCCACCCAGCCUCCUGGAGCCCCCUACAGCCUUCCAACAACCGCCUGACUGUCUGACCCUCAGCCUCCCUCAAAGACCCUACAGACAGUCUGCGGCUCAGUAAUGUCGCUCAUCAGAGCUCAACAGUACUCUAACCUGACAACAGCCCAGCUUAAACACAACCAAACUUUAGUUUGCUCUCACCAGCUCAUUCAUAGAGCUUGAUAGUGGAUUUUUGUACUUUUUCAAUGUACUGUUACAUUCAUGGUACAGGUGGAGGGGCAAGGACUAAUUCAUAUCCUUGGUCAACAGGUAACAUUAUUAUGGCAAUAACUGAAUGAUGAAUGCAUACAUCUUUUAUUUAAAAGGUUUUUUGGUAUUGCUGCCAAGGGAUUGUAAGUAUUUUUGACUGCAUCAACUGCUGAUGUAUCGUGUAGCGCCACAUGGGUAUCCUGCUGACCUGCAAUCAACCCCAGCGCUGCCUACUACUACAUAUGGACAAUUCACUAAAGGACACAAACACGGAAACAUUUAGCUUUUUAAUGUUCAAGUCCUACUCAUUUUGUGUUUCUUACACUACUAAUCAUAUACCAGCUACUGCUGAUAAGAGAAAGAUCACAGCAGACUUGUGGUCCCUGCUGCCUUGAGGUAGUGACCUUUCCAAUACUGUUGUGUUUAAUAUAUUUGACACUGAUCCAAACAUGGAAGGGGCUUAUUACAGAAUAGAAAGCAAACUAGUAAUCCAUUUUUACUUCAUGUACAAGACUGCCUUUUCCCAACACACAAGUCUUAUGUGGAUCUAAAUGGAUGUCUUAAAAAAAUUCUCAUCUGCUAUUUAUCCUGCUGUUAAAAUGAAAAACACUAAAAAAUAACUAGAUGCUCCUGAAAUGUAAAAAAAAAAAAAAGCUUAGGUUUUCAAAUAGGUGUGUAGAGACUGUUUGCAUACACAUUAACUGUUCUACCUUGUUUUAAGGGUUUUAUCUUGACUGUUAAUAAGUUACAGUGAUGAAGAAUACAGUAGCAGGUGAGAGCUGUGAUUUUUUUUUUUUAUAAUCAUAGUAACUUGAACAAAGUUAGUCUGCUUUUUAUGACAGUAACUGGAUCUAUGAACUACCUGUCUGUUGCAGAAAUGAGAUGAUUCCUAAAGUGCUUCUGUAAUAACCCCCCCCCCCCCCCCCCCCCCCCCC